UGAAAAUAUUUUUGAGUUGAUCCACAAAACAAUGAUUAAUGCAUUUGUGGUUAGAGCGCAAUUUGUUUAAAAUGGGCUCUUAUUCGAGUUUUAAGUAAGACCUCUUAAUUUGGAAAUCCUUGUUCUUCUUUUUUUAAUUGCUUACUUUUUUAGUCGAAAUUAAGCUCUAUUUGGAUUUGCCUAACGACACAAACAGACACAGAGCAUCCAUUCAGCCGUUAGAUGAGCUAUAUUUGCUUCUGUGAUCUAUAUCAAUUAGUGACGACAAAUAUGGACAUUCAGGAGAUCAACAUGAGAAGAAUGGUCGUCUUACAGUUGCUAGUUACUGUCCUAACUUGCAUGCUGGGUGUACCAAAUAAUGUAUUAUCGGCAUCAGAAGCAGCACUGAAUAUUUCGAAGCCUGGUUGCGAACAGCGUUGCGGAAACGUGCACAUCCCAUUUCCUUUUGGAAUCGGCCCGAAUUGUUCCCUUGACAAGUGGUUUGAAAUAUCCUGCAACAAUUCUACCAUCCCUCAUAGGCCUUUCCUAAAACACACCCAAUGGGAGGUGCUCCAUAUUUCAGAUUUUUACACCGUUAAUUCAGAAAUUUACACCUUCAGACAUCAAUUUCAGGUUAAAAACCCGAUAAGUUUCUUCAAUUGCAGAGGCAAAAAAGCCGCAAAAGCGUUGAAUUUAACGGGAAUGCCUUUUUACUUGUCUUCGUCUAGCACCUUUGUCGCGGUGAGUUGUGGCGUCCUCGCCAAAGUAAAUUCAAGUUCAGGCAACACAAACUCUCAGACAGGAUGCACGUCGAUCUGCUCACCAAAUGAUAGUAGUACCAAUUCAACUAACAAAACUUAUUGCGAUGGCAUAGACUGCUGCGAAACCUUCAUUCGUGAUGAUUCUUUUAAAGCCUUCGAAAUCACGUUCGAAAAUCGUAGUACCCCUUCUGUAGCUGAUCAAGAUCCAUAUGGGAGAGAUUGCAAAUUCGCUUUCUUGGUAGACGAUUAUUAUUGGAAUAAUAACAAUACAAAUAUUGCGAGAAUCCGUAGUAUGGACUAUGUUCCUCUCAAUAUAAGCUGGUAUGUAAAUUACACAGAUUUCUACGUAUUCAAUAUAAGUAUGUCUUUCGGCAGAGUCCCCUUCCACUACUGCGGCAAUUAUGCUAGAAGUUAUUAUUACAAUUAUGGAUCUGGUCUUUCGGCAGAGUCCCCUUCCACUACUGCGGCAUAUGGUCUAGAAUGUCAAUGCGACGGAUUGUUAGGAAAUCCGUAUCUCAUUGACGGAUGCAGUCAAGAUAUCAAUGAAUGCCGAGAUUAUAACCCGCAGUGUGGGCCAGGGGGCACUUGUGUGAAUACUUAUGGGAGCUACCAUUGCACUUACAAGCUCAAGUUUAUCCUCAUAGGUGUUGGCAGCGGACUUGGAGCAUUGCUGUUACUUUUCUGUCCUUGGGGCAUAUACAAGUUCGUAAAGAAAAGAAAAGACAUAAAACGCAAGCGAAAGUUUUUCAAACGGAAUGGUGGUUUGUUGCUGCAACAACAAUUAUCUUCCAGCGAUAACAAUGUUGAGAAAACCAAGUUGUUUAAAUCGAAUGAGUUGAAGAAGGCCACUGAUAAUUUUAGUGUAGACAGAAUUCUAGGCCAAGGAGGUCAGGGCACUGUGUACAAAGGAAUGCUGGAAGAUGGAAAAAUUGUUGCCAUAAAGAAGUCUAGAAUGGUUGAUGAAGCCCAACUCUCGGAAUUCAUUAAUGAGGUUGUCAUUCUUUCACAAAUAAACCAUAGAAAUGUGGUUCAAUUGCUGGGAUGUUGUUUAGAGACAGAAGUUCCUCUUCUAGUCUAUGAAUUCAUAUCAAAUGGAACCUUGUCCCAGUAUAUUCACGAGCAAAAUGAGGAGUUUCCUUUCACAUGGAAAAUGCGGUUACGAGUUGCGACCGAAGUCGCGGGAGCUCUUUCCUACUUUCAUUCAGCAGCAUCUUUUCCGAUUUACCACCGAGACAUCAAGUCUACGAAUAUACUCCUUGACGAGAAGUAUAGAGCAAAAGUUGCAGAUUUUGGCACGUCAAGAACAAUUUCCUUGGAGCAAACUCACCUCACCACAAUAGUAUAUGGCACAUUUGGUUACUUAGACCCAGAAUACUUCCAAUCAAGCAAAUUCACUGAGAAGAGUGAUGUUUACAGCUUCGGGGUGGUUCUUGUUGAGCUUUUAACGGGACAAAAAGCAAUAUCAGUAACAAGGUCAGAAGAAGAAAGAAAUUUAGCCACACAUUUCGUUAUGACAAUGGAGGCAGACAAUUUGUUUGAUAUUAUUGAUUCUCAAGUUCUCGAAGAUGCUCCAAAAGAAGAGAUCAGACAAAUUGCCAACCUUGCGCAGAGAUGCUUGAAUAUAAAUGGAAGGAAUCGACCGACGAUGAAAGAAGUUUCCAUGGAGUUAGAGGGGAUCCAAAAGCCCGAUAGAACCGCUUCUAUUGCUCGACAAAACCAUGAAGAAAAUGAAUUUAUCAGGACUGAGUUUAUGGAGCCUUGGGAUGUUGCUUCGACUUCUGCUGGAUCAGCGUUGGAUAAGACUACCAGUACUCGUUCUUCAUUGCUGCAAGAACUGCCGCUAUUGUCUUUGUGAGUUUUGAUAUGCCAAUAUAACAUCAGUUUGCUUCUUUUUAUGUAUUAAAUGAUAUUCCAGGAUAUUUGGAUAAUAGUUGUAUGUUUUAAAUUUGCAAUCUAAACUCAAGGUCACCUUUUUAUGUGUCA